AUGGCAAAUGCUUCCGAAGUCGACCUGAGUCCCGAUGAGGCCGAGGACUCGGGAUUUGAGGAUAGCGCGUCGCUGCAAAGCACGUCGCUAGCGAGUUCCGUGCUGAACUACACCUACGAAAACGGCCGGAGAUAUCAUGCUUAUCGAGCGGGUAGCUACCCUCUGCCUAACGACGAACAGGAGCAAGAUCGGAUGGACUCGUUACACCACAUUUGGCUUUCGUUGCUAGGAGGCGAGCUGUUGUACCGCAAACCACCAAAUCUGGAACGAGUUCUCGAUGUGGGCACCGGCACCGGCUCAUGGGCAAUCGACAUGGCGGACGAAUAUCCCCAGGCCACUAUCAUUGGCACCGAUUUGUCUCCCAUCCAGCCAGGGUGGGUUCCUCCAAAUUGUCGUUUCUAUGUCGACGACGCCGAAUCAGACUGGACAUAUUCUCCUUUCGAUCUUAUCCAUGCCCGCAGCCUAACCGGUUCAAUCGCUGACUGGCCACGGUUCUAUAGGCAGUGCUUCGAGACGCUGAGACCAGGAGGGUAUCUGGAAAUCCAGGAGCACGACGUUCAGGCGAGCACCAUUGAAAAAGAGCUGCCGCCCUGGACCGCCGAAAUGAACGCUAACUUGAGCCUCGGGAGUGACCUUUUUGGCAGACCCAUGAACGUCGCACAUCUUCACGCCAACUGGGUGAGAGAAGCCGGCUUCGUCGAAGUCGAGGAACAGGUCGACAAGGUCCCCAUUGGCAGCUGGGCCAAACAUAGAAAGGAACUCGGCCGCUUCCAUCUCUCCGAGAUACUGACCGCAAUCGAACCGUACUGUCUAGCGCUGUACACCAAAGCUCUUUCCAAGAGUUAUGAAGAGACCAAAGUGGCUAUCGAGAUGGUCAAGCAGGAGUUUUGCACCAAGAAACACCACCUUUACGUCAACUUCCGUUUCAUCACCGGCAGGAAACCCGCGUGA